AUGCAUAGAUGGUAUGAGAAAAAAAGGAGUAUUCUGUUGGUUUUAGUUUUGAGCGUAUGGCUCCGUAGAGCUAGCUGUGAGUCCCCUUCUUCUUCACCAGACAACGAAGAAGCACCUGUUAUUGACGCUUUAUUCAAAAUGCUUCGCCUCUCGUCUCGAUAUGGCGACGCCCAGCUCGCCAAGGCUGUCCAUGGGUGCAUUCUCAGGCUUGAGGAACACACUCGUCUGGGUAAUGCUCUAAUUGCCGCUUACCUCAAGCUGGGUCUUGUUUCUGACGCUUAUGGUGUUUUCUUGGGCCUUUCGUGCCCGAACGUGGUGUCUUAUACCGCUUUGAUAUCGGGUUUUUCAAAGUCGAAUAGAGGAGACGAGGCGGUGGAGCUUUUCUUUCGGAUGAGGGAUUCGGGUAUUGAGCCUAAUGAGUACAGCUUUGUUGCAAUUUUGACUGCUUGUAUUCGGAUCUUGGAGUUGCAUUUGGGUUUACAAGUUCACGCUACGGUCAUCAAACUUGGAUAUUUGGAUUCUACUUUUGUUUCGAAUGCGCUAGUUGGGUUGUAUGGUAAGUGUGGGUGUUUGGAUUUUGUCCUUAAAUUGUUUGGUGAAAUGCCGCAUAGGGAUGUUACGUCGUGGAAUAGUGUUAUGUCGAGUGUCGUAAAGGAUUGCAUGUACGAUAAGACAUUUGAAUUGUUUGGUGUUAUGAAGAGAAAUGAUGGGCUUAGAGUUGAUCAUUUUACACUUUCAAUCCUUUUGACCGCUUGUGCUGGCAGUGCUUCUUUCAUGAAAGGCAGAGAAGUCCAUGCUUAUGCAAUCAAGGUUGGGUUGGAGGCCAAUUUGAGUGUCAGCAAUGCGCUGAUUGGAUUCUACACUGAGUGUGGGAGGGCAGAGGAUGUGACGGCUUUGUUUCAGAGGAUGCCCCUUAGAGAUAUUAUUACUUGGACGGAAAUGAUUACAGCAUAUAUGGAUUUUGGCUUGGUGGAUUUGGCAGUGGAAAUAUUUGACAAGAUGCCUGAGAGGAAUUCUUUUUCUUAUAAUGCUCUUUUGGCAGGAUUAUGUCGAAAUGGCAAGGGCUUUAGGGCACUGGAAGUAUUUGUAAACAUGGUGAAUGAGAGAGUAGAGUUAACAGAAUUCACUUUGACAAGCGUUCUUAAUGCUUAUGGAUUGCUCAUGGAUUGUAAAAUCAGUGAGCAGAUUCAUGGGUUCAUCCUUAAGAUUGAAUACGGGUCAAAUGCCUAUAUUGAAGCAGCGCUGCUUGAUAUGUGUACAAAGUGUGGCAGGAUGGCAGAUGCCAAAAAGAUGUUCAGUCGGUGGCCAUUAGACCGGGAAAGCUCCAUGAUUAGGACUUCAAUGAUAUGUGGUUACGCUCGAAAUGGAUGUCCAGAUGAGGCAAUUUCUCUAUUCAGCAUUAGUCAAUCAGGAGGAACAAUGGUUGUGGAUGAAGUUGCAUCAACUUCAGUACUCAGUCUCUGUGGAACUAUAGGAUGUCAUCACAUGGGAAAGCAAAUGCACAGCCAUGUUCUCAAAUCUGGUUUUUUAUCUGAUUUAAGGGUAGGAAAUGCCAUGAUUAGCAUGUAUUCAAAGUGUUGGAACAUGGAUGAUGCAAUUCAAAUAUUCAAUGAUAUGCCUAGACAUGAUACAGUUUCAUGGAACAGUUUGCUUGCCGGCCAGCUUCUCCACAGACGGGGUGAUGAGGCCUUGGCCUACUGGUCAAAGAUGAAGAAGAUAGGCGUUAAACCCGACAAAGUUACAUUUGUUUUGAUCAUUUCAGCUUAUCGGAUCACAAACUCCAAUUUAGUUGAUGAUUGUCGUAGUUUGUUUCUCUCAAUGAAAGACAUUUAUGAAAUCGAGCCGUCUUCAGAACAUUAUGCUUCCUUUAUCGGCGUUUUGGGUUAUUGGGGUCUACUAGAAGAAGCCGAGGAAGUGAUCAACAAAAUGCCUUUUAAGCCAGAGACUUCCGUUUGGCGAGCAUUGCUUGAUAGUUGCAGAAUGCAUAUGAAAAAAACAAUUGGAGAACGAGUCAAAAACCGUAUACUUGCUAUGGAGCCAAAAGACCCAUCAACGUACAUACUUGUAUCAAAUCUGUUUUCAGCAUCUGGGAGAUGGCACUGCUCUGAAAUGGUGAGGGAAGAAAUGAGAGAAAGGGGGUUUAGGAAACACCCAGGUCAAAGUUGGAUCAUUUGUCAGGAUAAAAUACAUUACUUCUAUGCAAGAGAUAAAUCCCAUCCCCAAACCAAAGAUAUCUACAGUGGAUUAGAAAUACUAAUCUUAGAAUGUCUAAAAGCUGGAUAUGCUCCAGACACAAGCUUUGUGGUUCAUGACGUAGAAGAGCAUCAGAAGAAGGAUUUCUUAUUCUAUCAUAGUGCAAAACUAGCAGCAACUUGCGGGCUUCUGAUGACCAGGCCCGGAAAACCUAUUCGGAUCGUGAAGAACAUUAUUCUUUGUGGAGACUGCCACACAUUCUUGAAGUAUGUUUCGGUUGUUACCAAAAGAGAGAUAUUCCUAAGAGAUUCUUCGGGGUUUCAUUGCUUCUGUGGUGGCCAGUGCUUAUGUAAAGAUUAUUGGUGAUAACCUGAUCCCCCACUCCCUGAUUUUGCAAUCUUGUUGCUUACUAACUGGUAACUUCCAUUCUUAUUGUCACAAGUAAGUAGUAAUUACAAGCUGCCAAUGUAAGAUAAUUGUAGAUAGAUAAGCAAUUUUGCAUACAGGAUCGAAGUCGUUACAAAUAUUUGAAUGUAUAGAUUAAUAUCUAUUAUU